GAAGUGCGAAGCUCGUGACCGUGACCACCAACUACUGAAUACUUUUGAUACAUUGGAAAGUCGUUCUAACCGUCACUCCGGUCCGUUCCUUGCUAGCUUGCAGAUAUGGACCAACAUGGGAACGUUCAAGUGACAGAGAGGAACGAGCAGGAAAAAUGGAAUGUAACGGAAUGGGAGGCUUCCGAUGACGAGAAUGAAGCAUCUUCAUUUGAAUUAGCUAAGAGAACUUUAAUUGCUGGGUGGUUGGAAGAUUUCUGGUUAGAUGACUAUGACCAUGAUGAUGAGAACAGUGACGAUGAAGCCAUAAAUCUCGACAAUGGAUUGAUUGGUGACAAUGGAGGCGAUGAAGAUGAAGCUGACUUUUUUUUUAGAAGGAAAACAAAAAGGAAUAAGACAAUUGAAAGCAGUAAUAAAUCGACUACAAAGCAGAGAGAAAUAGUGGGUGGUGCAACGAAACCAUUAUCUAGUGCUGAGAGGCCACCCAGUGAAACAGUAGCUUUUACAUCAGCUGACAACAUGAGACUGCAAACAUCUUUUUUCCGUUUAUCCAACUCGUCUACUUCAGAAGACGAGGAUACCACAGAAAGACCGAAACACUAUUGCAUAGCACGAGAAGUGUUGACAUCAGAAAUAACUUACGUGAAAGGACUACAUCUUGUUGAGAAGGCUUUUCGUGGUGCAAUCAAUACUUUCAAACAACUCAUUCCUGAUAAAGUGAUGCGGACGAUCUUCUCUAACCUUGGUGAGAUCUAUAAACUACACCAGGAGAUGCAGUUUGAUCUUCAAAAAAGAAUAAGCAAUUGGGAUGAGAAUCCUAGAAUAGGAGACAUUCUAGCUGACCGAGCGCCUUACUUUAAGAUGUAUUCGGUAUAUAGCAGUGAAUUUGAGGCUUCGCAAGUUACUCUUGCCAAGUGGAGACAGACUUGCCGUGAACUGGCGGAUAUCAUUGAACGUGUUGAGUCAAGUCCUGCCAGUAAGGCUAUGCCCAUAACAAGCUUCAUGUUGACACCAAUUCAAAGAGUCCCUCGCUACAAGCUCUUGCUGACUAACUACUUGCGAAGUUUGCCUAUUGACUCUCCUGACGUCAAAGAUACUAAAAAAGCAUUGCAGGCCGUUUCUGAAGCUGCCACACAUAUGGAUGAGUUAUGCAAGAAAUUGGACAAUUUUCAGAAGGUCAUUAAGAUACAGCAAAGGCUAAUAGGCAACAGUAGUAUUGUUAAGCCGGGAAGAGCAUUUGUUGCAAAGGGUCCAGUUUAUUGUGUCAACGGGAAACAUUUGAAGCCUUGUAUCAUUUUUCUGUUUUCAGACAUUUGGCUUGUCACAAAGAUAUCAAGGCUAGGACUAUACAAAAUUCUUGAGCAGUUGGAAGUGAAAGGGCUCAAGGUUCAAGACGUAAAGACAGAAGCCUUGCCAAAUACAUUUGCAGUCAUAGGGACGCAAGUGCAUCGUUAUCAAGCAAAGUCGCAAGAGGAGAAAAUGACGUGGAUGACGGCACUUGAUACCACAAUCAAGCAGUUUACUGAAGGGUGGACUGUAGAAACUUUUGCAAAAAGAUCAUCAAUGAUGCAAAACAAGAAACGGAGGGCUGCAAUUGCUAAAGUUGAUGACGAUGUGUUUACAGAUGGGAUUAAUGAACUACCUUUGCCGGAUACUGAAUUGGUGCUGGAGUCAUUCUGUCAGAUCAGUGGCUAUCUCGGACAAAAAUCAGCAAGUUGUGAUCGUUGGCAUAGACGCUGGUUUGUUGUUGCAAAUCUUCGAAUGUAUGUGUACCAAAAUCAUGAAGAUGACAUUGCUGUUGGCUUCCAAUUUCUUUCUGGUUGCUCUGUUUCUCGACCAGAUCAAGAUGACGGUAUUGCAAGGGGUCAUGUGUUCAAGUUGACACUAGAUAAUGGCUUGACUUGCCUUUUCCAAACCGACAGUCAAUAUGACAUUGACAGGUGGAUGAGAGUUCUGUCUGUUGCUGGAUUGUAUUCGGAGGAAUCAGCUGUCUAGAGUUGGAGCUUGAGCUCAUGUCAAGCAAACUGACACUUUUGUAGACUUUAUAGCAAAGACGUUGGCCUCAUAGUCUUAUAAAAUAAUUAGCUUGCUGUUUUCAGUAUGAUUUAGUUGUAUAUUAUUAUUUUAUGUACUGACAU